AUGGCACCGCCACCGCUUCGGCGCUGCUCCUUCUCGCUGGACGAGAAGCGCCGUGUGCUGGAGCAUCUACGAGCGAGUGGACACGUACGCGAAACCAUCGCUCACUUCUAUCCGACGCUCCCGCCCGGUAGCUACGACGCGCGGCGUCGGCUGGUGCUCGGCUGGAGACGCAAUGCUCGCGAGAUCCUGGCUGGCGCAUCGACGCGUCAAGGAGCCUCUAGAAAGCGCAUGCGUAGGCCUAGAACGCAGCGACCUUCGCCACCGAUACCUCGAGGCCUUGAAGGGGAGAUUCACGACCACGACGAGCCCUUUUUGAGCGAAAACGAGCAGGAAAUGGCGGAUUUCGACCCCAUUGAGCGAUCGUCCUUCUCUCUGGACGAGAAGCGGCGCGUGUUGGAGCACUUAGCUGCGAGCAAAAGCGUCCGUGAGACGAUCGAAAAGUUCUACCCCGAGUUGCCCCCAGAGGAGUUUAAAACGCGACGCCGAACAAUCUGGCGCUGGCGGCAAUGCCAAGAGCAGAUCGUGGCCGGCUGCGCGGACGACAAGGCCAGUGCGAGGAAGAAGAUGCGGCCUCGAGGGAUCGUCUGCCAGCGAGGAGGAGCACCCAGACACACUGUGGAGCCCCAGGACGUCGUGGAUCGGCUGUUAACGUCCACCAACAAGUCGGCUCUCCAGAAGAAAGGCGAUCGGGUGCUGAGACCGGCGCCACCCGUCGGGAUGCCGUUGCUGGCAGAGCGACAGGUUGACACGAUUGUGUUUUCUGCGCUCGGACUGCCGCCCACGACGCAGUUCCCUCUCCCUGGACCCACGAUGCGGCCCUUGCAGCAAGGAGAAGCCACAUUCGCGAUACGGCGACGAUGA